ACAGAGGCUGUGGAGGAGUUAGCUCACUUCCUCUCUGUGUUUCCAGUUGGGUAAUAACUCCCGUUUAUUUCAGGGUUUGCUUCAGUUCCUGUUAGUUGAGGGCUAAAAUACAGUUAUUUUGAAAAUGCAGUGCAGUGUAUUGAACAGUGUCUUAUGAGACAUAGUAUAAGCGAUUUUAUUUAUUUAAUCUUGUGCACCUGGACAUCGCACAGCUUUAAAGGUCUUAAUUUCUCGUUAUUAGAAAAAAAGGAAAUGCAUCUGUUCUUAGUUCUGUUUAUCCUGGCUGUAAACCCCUGCAUUUGUAAAAGAAAGCAUGAUACAACUUGUGACGUUGUCCCUAAAAAUAUUCACAUUGAAGUGGGAUCCAACAUCAGUAUAGUGUGUCUGACAUGUGGCCAUGGCGAAAUCUACUGGACACUGAACACAUCAAAGGUAGAUAAGAGUUUGUCAACCACCAUCAACUCCUCACACACACUCCUGUCACUGUGGAACUUCACCAACCAACGUGCCACGCUGCAGUGCCACAGUAAGGACACUCAUCAGGUGAUCGGAGGCACCACCAUCAGGACGUACUUAAAACCCCGUAAUAUAUCAUGCAUCUGGCAUUAUUCAGAUCAGGAAACAGAAAGUCAACCAGACCUGUUCACAUGCAAAUGGGAGCAUCAGAUUGACCCUAAAUUGGAUGUGAACUACACAGUACUGCACUCUACCCAGGGAGAGAUCUGCAAUACAAGUGAAACAACAUGCACGGUCAAAGAUGUCGAUUCUGGACCUAACAGUAUGAUAAUAAAUAUAUUUUCCGACAGUAUCCAGAUUACCGUGAGAGCUAAAACUGCUGCUUUGGAAGUUGAUUCCUACACUCGUGAAUUUCAGCCAAGACACAUAUGGAAAAUGAUUCCUCCCCACUACAAUGUUACCACGUUCUCUGAUCAUCUGUUGGUUGUGUGGAAGAGGGCACUCUUCCUCCAAAAGUGCCAAUGUGAAGUAAAAUACAACGAAAUGGUGCUCAGUAAGGCUCUAGAAAAACAAGAAAAUGGGAAUAUGACCAUUGAACAAGUUGAGUCCUGCAGUAACUACACAGUUUCAGUCCGCUGUGCUUUACUCGAGGCUCCCUGGAGCGACUGGAGCAAGGAGAAGACGGUUCUGACCAAACUGAACAAGAAUUAUGUCAAGCUGUGUCUGUGGAGAAAGGUAGCUGAACCAAAGAAAAAUGGAGUCCGAACAAUUCAUGCCAUGUGGAAGAAGAUUCCUUCAACAUGCCGAGACACAUUUACCUACACCAUCACACCGACUCCUUACCAGGAAGCCUUGAUGGGAGGAAACUAUACGGAAACUUUAUGCAGUGACUCAAGCUGUGAUGUCGAAGUGAACCAAGAUGCACACAGAAUAAACCUCAACAUGUUCCAUAAUGUAACCCUGCUUGUUGAGGACACUGUUCAUGUCCCAGCCAUUGGCGAAAGCCUCCCUCGAGUUACCAACAUCCAGGCCUCAGCCCUGGAAGGCGUUAUUCUGCUCAACUGGAAAGCCCCUGUUCAGCCUGUCAGUGGUUACAUGAUUGACUGGACCCACAAUGGAAAUCAAUAUUAUUGGAAGAAGACAAAUUACACAAAUGCUACACUGUCUGGUCUCCUCGAUAAGAAGCCUUACAAUGUUACAGUUACUCCCCUCUUUGAUGAUAAGACCGGUCAUGGCACACAAGCCCUUCAGAUCUGCUCCAGAGUAGGAGGUCCAGGCAAUGUCACUAUCGAUACUGUGCCUUAUGACAAAUAUGCUCUGGUUAAGUGGGAAGUGAAGUCACAGGAGGAAUGCAGUGGUGAUGUUGUCAGAUACAUUGUCUUCUACAGUAAACUGGACGGGCCACAGCUCAAUGUGACUAUAAAUGGUGGAGAUCAGGAAAUUUGUUUGGUAGAUCUGCUUCCAGACACACAUUACAGAGUCUAUGUCGAGGCCACAGCUCCUACUGGAACUACCAGGAGCAAUGAAAUGCUGUUUAAAACCCUACGAUUCGGUCAGUUUUUCAUCCCAGUUCUCGGUGUCUCUGGAGGCGUCGUUAUACUUCUAGUGUUAUCGCUUGGAUUAGGCUGCUGUGUUUGGUGGAGGAAAUUCAAAGAGAAGCUGAUACCUAACCCUGGCUGCAGUUCUCUGGCGUUGUGGCCAGCACUAACUCAAGAGGGAACAAUCCCCGUUCGGCCCUUCAGAAAUCCUUCUGAGAGCGUCUGUGACAGGAUUUACACGGAGGAAAGUCAGAGAACGUCCACCUCUCCACUAGAUUCAGGUUUUAAUCCUUACCCAGCCAUUCAGCAGAUAGAGGAAUACAUUGACCCAGACAUGGCUCCAGCACCAGAAAUAUGGCCUGAAGAGUGGGUCAAACCUGCAAAGACACAGCAUCCAUCAUCUCCUAAUGACUCCAUAGCACCGCUUCUUCCUGAGAACAGCCCUGGCAGCCCAUAUCGGAGUCAGAUUUCUGGGGAAAAUCCUGGCAGGAGGCCCAAUAGACUAAAUAAAAAUGUUCCAGUGCAACAGUCAGACAGAAAAAGCCCUGUCAUGGUUUAUGUCACUUUGGACAUGUUUGAACAAAACCAGUGCAGCUAAGGGAUAUGGAAAACAUAAUAUAGUAACAUUGCAACAGUCAACAUUCAUCUCCAGAGAAAAGCGAAUUCUUGCAAAAUACUUCAAUGAAUGUCUACGCAAUGUUUGUAGAAGCUGCUUUAUUGAGCACAUAAACAUCUGUAUGACAAUAACUGCAUAUUUCUCUGGCAACAGUUAAGGGUCUGAUUUGACGCAAACUCAAUGAAAGGAACACAUUUUUAUUUAGUAUUUUCAAUCAGUACUAAAUAUGAAGAAUACUUUCAUUUUGGAAUUGGGGGCCAUUUUAUGAAGCUUAAAUUAUAUAACAAAUAUAUGUUGUGCGCAGUGAUAGCAUGGUGAGGAUUUAUGUUGGUGUAAAGGUCAUAAUAUUAGCUAUGUCUUAUAAUUAUAUUGUCUUAUGUUUCCUGUUUGUUAUCAGUAAUAUAUACACUUAUUAUAAAAAAGUAAACUACUUACUUUACACUGGAAAGCUAUUACUCACUCCUUUUGUACUUUAAGAUGUAACGUAACAAUGACAUGUACUAUACAUAAGCUAUUUAAUAUUAAAUAAAUAACAUGCA